AGUGUUCUGUACCCUGACUGUGGUGGUGAUGACACCAAUCUGUAUGUGUGUUAAAGUUCAUAGAACUCCACACCAAAAGAGUCAAUUUUACUAUAUGUUAAUUUAAAAAUAAAAAACUCCUACACCUUGCAGAAGUUGCUCCAGGGUGCAAAGCACAGAACUAAGUGGUAAAGUAGAUAAAUGCAGUAUAAAAGCAAUUAAAACAAGAAAAAAAAAUCUCUAAAGAAAAAGUCACCCCCGUCAGGAUGUAAAUAAGAAGAUGAAAUUUGUCGCGAAGGCCAACCACGGCCUUUUUACAUAUCUGAUUGCAGAUGCCUGUUGAAGUGGUUUCAUAUCCUCUUCUGAAGCUGUUGCUGCGAACUUGAAAGAAGUCAUGCACAGGAUUCUUGCUUAAUAUUUCCUUAAAGCUUUUAAUCUAGGUUUUAAUUAUUUUCCUUGAAAUUCAAUUUUGAUCCUCCCAAUUACUUUUGUCUGCUUUAGUUCAACAGAUAUUCCCUCAAGUGCCACCACAGUGUUCCUGGGAAUGCCCUUGAGAAUGAGGCACAGUCCCUGGAUCAGGGAGCAGCAGCCGAGCUGGACGGACGACCUGCCGCUCUGCCACCUCUCUGGGGUUGGCUCAGCCUCCAACCGCAGCUACUCUGCAGAUGGCAAGGGCACCGAGAGCCACCCGCCAGAGGACAGCUGGCUCAAGUUCAGGAGUGAGAACAACUGCUUCCUGUAUGGGGUUUUCAACGGCUACGAUGGCAACCGGGUGACCAACUUCGUGGCCCAGCGGCUGUCGGCGGAGCUCCUGCUGGGUCAGCUCAGCGCCGAGCACACCGAGGCCGAUGUGCGGCGUGUGCUGCUACAGGCCUUUGACGUGGUGGAAAGGAGCUUCCUGGAGUCCAUUGACGAUGCACUGGCUGAGAAGGCGAGCCUCCAGUCCCAGCUGCCAGAGGGUGUCCCGCAGCACCAGUUGCCUCCUCAGUAUCAGAAGAUCCUUGAGAGACUCAGGACACUGGAGAAGGAGAUUUCAGGAGGAGCUAUGGCUGUCGUGGCGGUCCUUCUCAACAACAAGCUCUACGUGGCCAAUGUUGGUACGAACCGCGCGCUGUUGUGCAAAUCCACGGCAGAUGGGUUACAGGUGACACAGCUGAACGUGGCCCACACCACGGAGAACGAGGACGAGCUCUUCCGCCUUUCGCAGCUGGGUUUGGACGCAGGAAAGAUCAAGCAAGCAGGGAUCAUCUGUGGCCAGGAGAGCACCAGGCGCAUUGGGGAUUACAAGGUCAAGUACGGCUACACUGACAUUGAACUGCUCAGCGCAGCCAAGUCCAAACCGAUCAUCGCGGAGCCCGAAGUCCACGGUGGGCAGCCACUGGAUGGGGUGACCGGCUUCCUGGUGCUGAUGUCCGAGGGGCUCUACAAGGCCCUGGAAGCAGCCCAUGGGCCUGGGCAGGCCAACCAGGAGAUUGCAGCGAUGAUUGACACUGAGUUUGCCAAGCAGACCUCCCUGGACGCCGUGGCCCAGGCCGUGGUGGACCGCGUGAGGCGCAUCCACAGCGACACCUUUGCCAGUGGCGGGGAGCGUGCCAAGUUCUGCCCACGGCACGAGGACAUGACCCUGCUGGUGAGGAACUUUGGCUACCCACUGGGCGAAAUGAGCCAGUCCACACCGACCCCAUCCCCAGGAGGCCGCGUGUACCCCGUGUCUGUACCCUACUCGAGCGCUCAGAGCACCAGCAAGACCAGCGUGACCCUCUCCCUCGUCAUGCCCUCCCAGGGCCAGAUGGUCAACGGGGCCCACAGCUCAUCCACCCUGGAUGAAGCCACACCCACCCUCACCAACCAGAGCCCGACCCUGACCCUACAGUCCACCAACACGCACACCCAGAGCAGCAGCUCCAGCUCGGACGGGGGCCUCUUCCGCUCCCGGCCCGCCCACUCGCUCCCACCAGGUGAGGAUGGCCGCGUCGAGCCCUACGUGGAUUUUGCUGAGUUUUACCGCCUCUGGAGUGUGGACCACGGCGAGCAGAGCGUGAUGACGGGACCGUAGGUCUGGCCAGAGGGUGCAGCCUUCCCCGGGCCUUGCAGGGGGACGAGAGGGCCCGGUUCUGGGGCAGGAUGGGCUUUUAGCCCUUUCCUGACACUUACCUCUGCCACUGGGGCCACCGUCCUCGGCCCGCGCUGGACUGUGACCCCAUGGCUCUCAGUGCAGAAGAGACUCUGCUGAGGGCUGAGUGUAGACAGCUGCCGCGGGUACCUCCUCAGUGCACAGGAGGCAAAGGCUGGCCUCUCCCUGCCGGCAGCCUCAGCCAGGACCGUCGCCAUUUCUCAAAGGAGGGGCCUGAGGUCGGCACUGCACCGGCCUACGAGCCCCACCAAGGGUUGCUUCCACCCCUGGGGCCAACCCAGAGCCCCUGGACUGCACAGGGGUUCUCCUGUGACCCCACCUGCAACAGGCUCAGCAGGCGCUGCUUUCUCAAACCCCACUUCUUGGACUAGCCCGUGGCUGCUGCUGGUGGCCCUCACCCACCUUGGACUGGCUGCCCCCUUCUCCAGCCUUAGUUAGCCCUGUGCUCUCCAGUCCAGGGUGGAGCCUGGGCUGGCACCUGCUGGCCCUUUCAAAGCCUACCCCCAUCCCUGGGCCUCACCCCCAGGCCUGUCGAUAAACCUUCAGGAGGACCAGGGAAGCAUCAGCAGAGGGGACAGGUCAGAUGGAAAGGCACAGAUGGGGACUAGUCCGAGGACAGCACUAAUGAGCUCCUGGGGCCUGCAGACGGAGAGUGGAAGGGUGGGCAGACGGGGUUGAGCUUCCUCAGAGGUGGGGCCACAGGAGGGGUAUAGGAGAGGUGGGGGUUUGCCCACAUGGAGCUGGGUAGGGCCCUCUCAGGGACUUCCAGGAGGUGGGGGGGCCCUGAAUCAGGGCGCCGGUGCUGCUUUGCUUUCUCCUCACUGAGCUGGGAGGACCACAGGCUGGGGAGCACCUGAGAGACCAUCUUGACCAGUGCUGAUGAGCCUGCUGGCCAAGGUCACAAGGAGAAGGUUGUGAGCCAGGUGGGGGGGGGGGCACAGGGGGCAGUUGACAGGAAAAGGUUCCUUGGGGCUGGGCUCCACAGGAGGUCCAGGGCUCUAGGACAGGGCGCUGUUUUCUAACCACUUAGGGAGCAUCCAUUCGGCCCUGAGGGAGGCCAUUUCACUGUGUUCUCUGCCUGAGGGGCCCAGGGCUGUGGCUGGGAUCCCCCUUUCAGAGGAGGAGGCCAGCCCAGAGAGACAGGGAACGGCCAGGCCUCUGGUGGAGCCUCUGGCCCACGACGCCCAGACACAGCCCCAGGCCUUGCUGGCUGCUGGGCGGCCUCCAGCCGGCUGGGUCUCAAGUGAAAGGCAGCUGCAGCCCCUGCCCACCUGGGUUCCAGGAGUACGCAUCCCUGCAGCAGAGCAGGGCCCUGUGCCGUGCUGUGCAGCAGUGCUGGGGGGAGGCCACAGCAUAGGCAGAGGGCCCAGACUCCCCUCCCCGGGAAGCCAUCUCUCUUCUGUGAUGGACAGUCACCGCCACGGAGGCUUGAGAGCGAAGGGAAUUCCCUUCCAAAAACGACUUGGUGAUGCUAUUUGGUCUCUAGGAAUAGAAUCACUUUUUUAAUGCAGUAAAGAAAUAAUAAAUGUUGGUAUUAUACCUUGUUUAAAGGUGCUUUUACUCAUGGCUCCUGUACUCGGGAAGCAGCCUUGGGGGGUGGGUGCCACCUGUCCUCCAGGUGAGGGAAGGGUGGCCUGGAGAGGUUAAAUUACCAGGUCACCCAGCUUGGAAGGGGCAGAGCUGGAGUUUGAACCAAGGCCCUGACUGAAUUCUGAGCUGCGCCCUCACAGCCCCUGAGGCGAAAACGCUGGGUGGUUUGGCGUCCCUUCAGGUCCCAGCUGACCGGGCCCCUGCGUGUCUGGAGAGGAGAGGGCUGUUUCUCUCCCUGCCCCCCAUGGACAGGGCAGGGCAGAGCUUUGUGCUCCCACUUCCUGUCUGUCAGCCCCGUGGCACUGGGUCACCAGAGCAGUCCUCACCCUCCCACUGAUUAGCAGACCUUUGUUUAGUGUUCCUUUGCUUUAUUUUAGUUUUUUGGUAAAGAAUACUGGUCCACAAAGUGCCUCUUCCUGCUUUCUGAGACACAAGAAUGCAUCCCUCUAAUGAGAGCGUCUGCUGCUAAAACGGAAACACUGUCUGCUUAGGACAAAAGCCAAGCUCCUGCCAGGUGGUGUGGUCACCAGCUCCCAGGCGCUUCCCUCCUCCAGGUAGAGGGACCCCGUCCAUGGUACUUUCAGGAUCUGUCUGGACUAUGAGCGUGUCCCCUCUGGAGGUCCUGACAUUGGACUGCUGGCCCUGAACACGUCUGGAGUCAUUGCGUCAGCCCAGCCACCCUGAGUAACUGAGCCACCUGGGACUGAUUGCAGGCAUAGUCCUGGUCACAAGUGGGCACCUGCUUUGUCCCAGAUGUGUGGGGGAGGGGCACUUCCCUGUUUGCCUUGUGCCUCCUGUCCCCUAGCCUUGGUGACAUUUGGCUCCAGUUGAACCUGUCUUCUGUGGGCAUAUGGAGGGAAGAAGAAUACCAUUUCAGCCCCCAGGUCCCCUUUAAUGAAGCAGAAAGAGCGGGAGACCUCAGAGUAUGUAUUAGGACACAAGAAUGGGCCAAGGGUCAGGGCAACAGGAAAUGAACCUACACAGCCAGACAAAGCUGUUGGCCACAGGCGAGUCCCAGCCCUUCCAGAGCCCAUUACCCAGAGGCCUCUGACACAGGGGCAGCCUUUUCUGACAGUCCAGCGGUGGCCCCUCUUCCAACUUUAACCAUUCCCCACAGCCUCCGUGGAAGGCACUCAGUUUCCCUCUCAGGUGGAGGCAGGCAGAACCAGGAAACACCCCUGCCUGCUGCCUGCUUGCCCCAAAGACGCCCAGCCCGCCCAGAACUGGACUCAGUCACAGGUUUGAUUGGGGCCCUGGCCUGGGUCAGACCAGGUGGGGCUGGGCCCUCAGGAGCUGGGUAGGCAGGGAGGCCAUCGAGCCAGUUCGCAGUGCUCCAUCUGGUCCUUCAGUUCUCUGUGGCCAGCUCCAGGGCCAAGCUGCCGAGCAGCCUACCCGGUGCCCUAAUCGGUGGGACAGUCCCUGGGGUGGUGGCAGCAAGCUCUCUCUGGCGCAGCUUCGCGGCCGCUCUGCACCUGCGUCUGCCUUUUGCGCAGCUGGUUUCCCCUUGUUCAGAGCAAAUGUUUCCUCUUGACACCCCCACCACGCCUACCCGACCCCCAUUUUGUUUCCUUUAUGGAAACUCACUGCCUGGCAUUUCCCGCACACUCACCUGUGUUCUUGUCUGUCUCUCUCGUUCACUCACACGUCCGCCCCUUUUUCUGCAGCACCCAGAUCAGUCCCUCAAAUACGUGUCGAAUGAAUGAAUGAAUGUGUGACCUUGGGCAGGUUACUUGACCUUGCUGAGCCUGUUUCUUCAUCUCUAAAAUGAGAAUAUGACCCACCUCUUAACAAUAAGGUUGCCUGCCAUGUCUGUUAAAAAGCAAGGGGGCUGCAAGAGACAGAAAGGGCCACAUGAACUAGCAACUACAUCAUCCUGAGACCAGAAGAACUAGAUGGUGCCCGGCUACAACCGAUGACUGCCCUGACAGGGAACACAACAGAGAACCCCUGAGGGAACAGGAGAGCAGUGGGAUGCAGACCCCGAAUUCUUAUAAGACCAGACUUCAUGGUCUGACUGAGACUAGAAGGACCCCGGGGGUCAUGGCCCCCAGACCUUCUGUUGGCCCAGGACAGGAACCCUUCCCGAAGCCAACUCUUCAGACAUGGAUUGGACUGGCCAAUGGGUUGGAGAUGGAUGUUGGUGAGGAGUGAGCUUCUUGGAUCAGGUGGACACUUGAGACUGUGUUGGCAUUUCCUGCCUGGAGGGGAGAUGAGAGGGUGGAGGGGGUUAGAAGCUGGCGAAAUGGACACGAAAAGAGAGAGUGGAGGGAAGGAGUGUGCUAUCUCAUAAGAUGGAGAGCAAUUAGGAGUAUAUAGCAAGGUGUACAUAAAUUUUUGUAUGAGAGACUGACUUAAUUUGUAAACUUUCACCUAAAGCACAAUAAAAAUUAUUUUAAAAAAAAAACCAAGGAGGCUCCGCACCAGGGAUGGCGGUUAAACAAUCCUUCCCAGGCACCACGUUCUCACCUGGCUUCACCACGUGGUCCCUGUUCCCCUCCCACCAGUCCUUCUCAAGGAGGCCAUUGUUGGGGCUGCCUCCUCCUACUCAGCUCCUCCUUCUCUUCAGCUACACACACCCCUGGGUGUCCUGACAUGCUUAGGGCCCCCAAAUUGCUGAGAUCACGUCGGAGCCCCAACGACCUCCUAGGCAUCUUCACAUCCAUAUCCCACAGGUACCUAAAACCCACCUGGUUCCAGUUGGAUCUCGCCAUCCACCUGCCCCAGGUCUGGGCCUGUGCCAGCCUUCCUGGCCCCCCAGCAUGAGGACAUCACAUCUGCCCAGUAACCUCCCCCCCAAGACCUGUGUCUCCCUCCUCCUUCUGUGACCCCCAACCCACACAUAGCCAGUGCUCCGUGGGUUUUGUCACUUCCUGCACAUCAGCCUGGGGUCUAACCUCCCUCCUCUCCCAGUUCCCCCAUAGCCUCUCACUGCACCACGUGCCUCUACUCCCUGCUAAAGCACUCUGUGGACCCCAAGACCAUAGAUGCAGCCCAACCACCCCUCCAGCUGCUGUUCCUCCCCUCCAGCUCCUCCUUUCCCACACCCCACGUCUCCCACGUGCCCAACUCCAAGAGCUGCCUGGUUUCUCAACAGCCCACCUUUGCUCCGCUGGUCCCUCACCCCCUCAUCCGGCUGAUGCCACUGUAUCACUGCAGUCUUGGCCCUGGGUGUCACCUCCUCUUUCACCUCCUUUUUGGAACCUUUCUGACCACUUCCUCUCCUUGCCUCCAGCACCCUAGGCAGGUUCCCUCAGAGCUCUUAGAACAUGUUCGAGAAAACAUUGGGUUCGUUUCUCCCCCAUCAGACAGGGGGACCCUUUGGGCGACAGCUUGUUUCUGCCCAGCUGUGUGCCCAGCACAUAGGACAAGGCACAGG